AUGGCAUUUUGGUCCAGCACUUCGGUUUUCACCUCUAAAGUGCCCCGGAAAAUCUUAUUCAUGUUCACCCUCUCCCUGUCUGUCACCUACUUGUUCUAUAGCUUGAUGAGCUGCUACAACUCGCUGCAGUUCCCUCUGCAAGAGACCUAUGUGUAUCAGGGGAGGCUGGUGACAGAGGAGACAACUUUUGUGACAUUGAGAGAGAAACUUUAUUCCACUUCCCAGGGCUUUUCUGAAUUCACCGAAUCUGAGAGAACAACCCCGGUAUCCAUCGCGAAAGAACAUGCUGAGGCCGAACAAAGGACAGUGGAGUGGAUUAGGACUCAGCCGUCUCCAACUAAAUCGGCGGCGGCGUAUCACACCACCGCGCUGGAGAGGGAGCACCAGGAAUUCAGCACCACGGACAGCGAACUCAGGGUGAACUGCACCUCGGAUUACGGAGAGAAGAAACUUCCCCAAGCCAUUAUCAUCGGGGUGAAGAAAGGGGGAACCAGAGCCCUGCUGGAGGCUCUCAGGGUACACCCGGAUGUCAGAGCAGUUGGAAAUGAGCCACAUUUCUUUGAUAGGAACUACGAAAAGGGGCUUGACUGGUACAGAGACCUGAUGCCUUCAACGCUGGAGGGGCAGAUCACCAUGGAGAAGACACCAAGCUACUUUGUGACUAACCAUGCCCCCAAGCGCAUCCACUCCAUGGCAAGAGACAUCAAGCUUAUUAUUGUGGUGCGUAAUCCUGUCACUAGAGCCAUUUCAGACUAUACACAGACUUUGUCCAAGAAACCUGAUAUCCCCACCUUUGAGGUUCUGGCUUUUAAGAACCGGACGCUGGGUCUUAUAGAUGCCUCAUGGAGUGCGUUGCGUAUAGGAAUAUAUGCGCUUCACCUGGAGAGCUGGAUGCAGUAUUUCCCACUCUCCCAAAUGCACUUUGUCAGUGGAGAGAGGCUCAUUGUUGAUCCUGCUGGUGAGAUGGCCAAAGUGCAGGACUUCUUGGGACUGAAGCGGAUUGUCACAGACAAACACUUUUACUUUAAUAAAACGAAAGGAUUUCCAUGUCUAAAGAAGCCAGAGGACAGCAGCACUCCCAGAUGCCUUGGCAAGUCUAAAGGGAGAACUCAUCCUAAAAUUGACCCGGAUGUGAUUCGGCGGCUGCACAAGUUCUACAAGCCCUUUAACAUGAUGUUCUACCAAAUGACUGGUCAGAACUUUGAAUGGGAGCUGGAGGAGGACAGCGAAACUCGUAGCUCUCAGGACUAGCAUGGCACGGCUCAGCCACACCACCAGCCUUCUCACUAAAACUAACCUUGUCCGGCUUCGUCUUCAGAGAGUGCUUGAGCACGCCAAUCAAUCAUGGCUGUCUUUGCAGUGUCUGUACCCAUUAGCAAGAGUUUACUGACAUGCUUUUUCUUGAUGAUGGCAGAUCAUUAUUGUAUAUACUAAACAUAAAAUAUAUUUAUAUUUGUGUAAAUGAGAUGAUUUAUUCCUUUUGGGUUUAAAGCAUACAACUGAUAUAAAAAAAAAAUCAUGUUGACUAUGGCAAUGCAUGCGAUGAGUUAAGUGUCCUUACCUCAUGAGCCCUAAGGGUAAACUCUGCCUGUUUCUUCUCCCUUUACUUUCCUGCAGUUUGUUGCCCUC